AUGGAAUGUCAGAGGAACACAUCAGAAUUCAUUCUCAUGGGUCUUUCUUCUAACCCAAGCAUCCAAGUAUUUUGCUUUGUGUUCUUCCUAUUCUGCUACCUUGCCAUCUUGUCUGGAAACCUGCUGAUCCUUAUCUCAAUUAGAUACAGUUCUCUUUUGAACCAACCAAUGUACUAUUUCCUUAGUCACUUAUCAUCUAUGGACAUCUGUUACACCUCCUGUGUGACACCCAAGUUGAUUGGAGAUCUUCUGGUGGGAAGUAAAACCAUCUCUUAUACGAACUGUAUGUUACAGGUUUUUGUUAUGCACUUCUUUGGACUGAUAGAAGUCUUAAUCCUGACAACCAUGGCCUUUGAUCGCUAUGUUGCCAUCUGCAAGCCUCUGCACUACAUGGUUAUCAUGAAUAGAACCAGAUGCAAUGCCCUGAUCUUGGCUUCUUGGGCUGGUGGGGCUGCACAUUCUUUUUCUCAAAUUUGUAUGAUAAUCUGCUUGCCCUUCUGUGGUCUUGGUGAAAUUGAUCAUUACUUCUGCGACAUUUUUCCUUUGUUGAAAAUUGCUUGUACUGACAGCCACAUCACUGGUAUUUUUAUGGUAGCCAAUUCGGGAAUGGUCGCCUUGAUCACCUUUAUUAUCCUGUUAGGGUCUUAUGCUAUUAUAUUGUUCUCAUUAAGGAAUCACUCAGCAGAGGGGAGACACAAAGCUCUUUCUACCUGUGGCUCUCAUAUAACUGUGGUGAUCUUAUUCUUUGGGCCUUCCAUUUUUGCCUACCUUAGACCUCCUACUACACUACCUGGGGACAAAAUAUUUGCCCUGUUUUACACCAUCAUCGCUCCCAUGUUCAACCCCCUCAUUUAUACUCUGAGAAAUACAGAGAUGAAAAAGGCCAUGAGGAAGGUAUGGUGUCAAAAGAUUUUUUUGAAGAUAAACAUGAUUAAUUGA